AUGUCUUUCUUCGGGAUCGGUCGCCAGCAGCCCACCUCGGAGCAGAAGAUUGCCGCCGUAGAAGGCGAGAUGCGCAUGAUGGCAGACACGUACAACCGUCUUCAGAAGACUUGCCAGAAAAAGUGUAUCCCCACCGACUACCGCGAGGGCGAGCUGAACAAGGGUGAGUCGGUGUGCCUGGACCGGUGUACGGCCAAGUUCCUGGAUACGUCGAUGAAGGUCAGUGAGAUUAUGCAGCAGCAGGGCCAGGCUAUGGGCGGCGCGCCCCAGGCCGGCGGGGGUUUGUUCUAA